UCAUGGCUUAAACUCCCCAAGGACACCCCGAUAACCUUCAUUCACGCCGGGGCACCUGAUGGUGGUCUUGGAAUAAAACAACUCGCAAAUGGAUCCCACUUUGGAAAAAGAGACAGGUGGACAGAAUGGCGAACUCCAGCCACCCCCUUGUUAAACAUCUCAUAUCCGAAUUCAAAAACACGGUCCACCGGAAUAAGAAAACCAGACCUACUAGUUACAUUUGACAACAUCACCCACGUUAUUGACGCCCAAGUGGUAAACGAUUAUGAUGAUCCAGAAAUUCUACAUGAGAGAAAAAGCCACUAUUACAACGAAACGAUACGUGACUGGAUAAAAACAAGAACAAAAGCAGCAGACGUAAAAUUCUCCACUAUAACAUUCACAUGGCGGGGGAUUAUGGCGGAAACAUCAGCCAAUGACCUAAGGCGCCUCAGCCUUAAACCAAAAGACCUUAAAAUUGCAUCAAUACGAGUCCUGGAACAAACACACAAAUGUUGGACGACUUAUAACGGAAGUACAAAGAGGAAAUGGGGAAAACGCAUAAUGAAGCCA